GAUUCCAACCAGACACGUGCACGCCACACGCCAUCGCGCUCUCUCUCUCCCUCAGCAAAUUCAAUAUCUUCGUCUACGCUUCUUCAUCUGUCGCAGUCUAGAACCAAUAUCAAUCCGAGGGAAACAAAACAGUGGCUUGUAUUAUUAACUAUUUCCUUAGGUUGUUCUGGAGCAUUCGAUUUGGGGAAUAGCUUGAGGUACGGUACUACUUGUUGGUUGGUUGAUGAUGAUCGGAACUGUUUCUGUUUGCUCUGUAACUGAGAUAUCAGCAAUUCUGAAUCAUGCUAAUGAUCUGACAUCCCAAAUUACUUAUGGAAAACACACGUGUCUUCCUCAUACAAAUCUUACGUUGCUUUUUCAAAGCCAAGGAAGGAAACUCAAUGCAAAAACUAUUGCAUACAGUGUGUCACCUGAACAGGGUGACACUCAAAGACACAGCUUACCUCAUUUCACAGAUGAUCAAGUAUAUUUCGGCCCUGAGGAUGAUGGGCAUUUUGAAGAACCAAGAAAAGAGAGAGCUGCUUCCCCAGGGUCAUGUGAUAUCGGUUUUCAACCAAAUCUUGCAAAACAGGCAAACCAAGAGUGUCUUUCAGACAAACUGAAGGCUGUUCAUUUGCACAUUCUGGCUAUGGAACAGUGGAAUGCAAUGAAGCUUAAAAUGUGUCAUCGAAAUUACUCUGAAAGUGCAACAAAUCUAUUGCACUAUUUGGCACUAAAGGGCCUAGAUAUAGAACAGAUCAAAGAAGAACUUUCUUCUACUGGGCUUUCGAACUUAGACGAUGCAAAUCCUCAUGUUCUGUCAAGUCUUUCUGCAUGUAUCCAGAUGCUGACAAGCUCAAGAGCAGAUUCCAUUGCCAGUAAACAAGUUUCUGAUGAAGAACUUCCCGUUCAGAAAAGAUUAGGUAAUCAAAAGCUGGACCUUGGCAUGACUACAAUGAUGAAAAGGUCAUCUUCUAAUUCAGACCAACUUCUGGGUAAACUUCAAGCCCCGAAAGCAGCUCAUAUCAUGGCAACAGUCGGACAAGAGGCCCUUGAAAUUGAGACGCAGAUAUCAGAUCUUAUCAGUUCAGGGACUACCAUUUUCCGUAUCAACUGUGCUCAUGGGAACCCCGAAUUAUGGAGCAAAAUAAUCGCAACGAUAAGGAGGUGCUCUCAACAUCUGGAGAAACCUUGUAAGAUCCUCAUGGACUUAGCUGGACCAAAGCUUCGUACAGGAAAACUUCCGGAUGGUCCAUCUGUUGCAAAAAUUUCGCCCAAAAGGAAUGCAUUUGGUGGUGUGAUACGUCCGGCCCAAGUUUGGUUGAGUGCACCAGGAACAGGUCCUCCACCUGCUCACCUAUCCCCGGAUGUUGUUUUGCAAGUAGAUGGCCAAGAAUUUCUGAGUAAGCUGAAGGUAGAUGAUUCUGUGAGGUUCCGUGAUGCUCGUGGUAAACAGAGAACUCUCAGAAUUUCAAGCAAGUAUCCUAUUUUUUCGGGUGUUGGAUUCAUGGCUGAGUGCUAUAAGUCUGCAUACGUUGAGUCUGGCACGGCUCUUAUUAUUAAAGAGAAGAAGCAGAAAUCUUCUGUCGGACUUGCUGUUGAUGUCCCCCCUGCCGAGCAAUUUGUUAGGCUGAGAGUUGGUGAUUUAUUAACUGUUUGCCGAGAUUGUUCUGAUGAGCAGAAUACUCGAUCGUCUUCAACAACAGGAUCCCAUAGGAUAACUUGCCCAUCAGGUUAUUUAUUCGAUUCGGCCAAACCUGGAGAACCUAUUGCUUUUGAUGAUGGGAAGAUCUGGGGGGUUAUUAAAGGAACAAGCAGUUCAGAAGUAGUUGUAAAAAUCACUUACGCAAGUCCAAAAGGUACUAAGUUAGGCUCAGAAAAAUCCAUCAACAUUCCAGAGAGUGAUAUCCGAUACGAAGGUCUCACUUCAAAGGAUAUCGUGGAUCUCGAUUUCGUAGCUUCGCAUGCUGACAUGGUGGGCGUCUCAUUCGUUCGAGACGUUCGUGAUAUCACCUUACUGUACCAAGAACUUGCGAAGAGAAAGCUAUCAAAGUUGGGAAUUGUUUUGAAGAUCGAAACCAAGGGUGGAUUCGAGAACUUGCCGCACCUGAUUCUAGAAGCAAUGAAAUCUCCGAACCCGUUGGGCGUCAUGAUCGCUCGAGGCGACCUGGCAGUGGAAUGCGGGUGGGAGAAGCUCGCCGACUUACAAGAAGAGAUCAUUUCCAUCUGCGGCGCUGCCCACGUUCCCAUGAUCUUGGCAACACAGGUUUUGGAAUCACUCGUCAAGACGGGAAUCCCUUCCAGGGCAGAAAUAAUCGAUGCAGCCAAUGGAAGAAGGGUGAGCUGUGUGAUGCUGAACAAAGGUAAGCAUAUUGCGAAAGCUGUGUCGAUCCUCGAUACCAUUUUAGAUUGUAAUCAAAGGCAAAAGAAGAACUGAAACCUCCAUUGCUGUCCUCCUGCUAAAACUGGCUGACGAGAUUUUGUGUAGUUUACUUGUCGUGCGCAUCAUGAAGCCAACUUCCGAUCCAACGGUGGAGGGGGCGCCACGAUGGUGAGUAGAAUUGAAUGUUAAUUUAGUAUAUGCGUAUCGUUUUAAAGUGAAAUAGUGGUUUUAUAUAGUGUUUUGAUUCAAAAUUUAAUAAUAUUUUAGAGAAAUUAGUAAAAAUGAGAGAAUAUAAAUCAUAAGCGAAGGAAGAAGCAGGCCG